CGUUGCAGAUUACCUCCUUCGCGGUACGUUAACUAUGCUUCUAUCAGCUCGAGUUCCCUGAUCGAUAUCAUAAACGCCCGUGUCAGCUGACACGUUAGCUAAUAGCUAUCACCGAACAUCUGCAUCGCACAUUGCAGCGUGUUGCAACGUGUGGUGGCAGGGCGACAAUAUAUGACUAAAAUGAUUCUCUACUCGGUUGCACCUGUCUUCCUUCCCUCUCAGAUCAUUAAAACUUCAAAGCAGCCUUUGAAAUAGUAGGUGCAUUAUGAUAGAUACAGGCAAUCGAUAAGAUAUGACCUCUGAGCACAGAUGAUGAGCCGUUCUCAACUGAAAAUCCUAUCCCAAUUGGCAUCAUCGCCUAACGAUGUGGCGUCAGGGCUUGCGCAAUGCAUGGAGGCCUUGCGUCUCGUUUCCUCCCUGCCGAGAUCAUCGCCUAUCAUGGUCGAGUAUUCGGGUAUGAAAGGUUCUGUAAUCAAGGCAUUCGGAAGGGAGCAUCUCUCACGCGUCCCGUUCAGGACCGUGGUCGGGCUUGUCAAAGCCUCCAUGGAGCUCUCUGAAGAUUCGCGUAUCAUGUAUGCUGCAUUCUACCGCGAAGAUGGGACAGUUGAUCCCGCAAAGGUACUCAUCGACGAGGACUCGUGGAAAGAGCUUGUACCAUACGUGCAUACAUUGCACAUCGAGGACGAUCGUCAAGCGUCUUCCGUAUUUACCACACAAGCCUUGUCAUCAGCAACUUCGCUGAGCGCAAGGUCAUCUCCCUCCCCAAGUCCAGCCCUGACUUCCCCAACGCGGAGUCUGAAUAGCAACGCAAACACUUUCAUCCCCAGCAAAAGUACAGUGACCUUGAAAUCGCAGGAUGGAACAAAGAUCAACCUACAAGCUCUCAGAAAGGGGAUGAUCUCCCCAGCAUGUAUGUAUCUGUCAUUUGAGAUCGCACAGUAAAGUUCACAUCAACUCCUAGAACCAGCAUCGUUGUUGAUGGGUCUAGCAAACACAUGAUAUUACAAUAGUAGGUUGUAUGUUACAUGGAAAAAUUCAAAAAAGUGUAUGGCACGACCUGUGUAGUAUCAAGAGCAAGAUUAGAUAUCUAGUGUUCCGGAGAAAAAGGUUUAUACACACUAGAGAAAGAAUCAGAAAAUCACCGAGUACAGAAUAGAUGAGAUAUGCAGCGAUACACUUGUAUUUAUGAGAAAUAUCUAUACACACUAGCGAAAGGAUCAGAAAUCAUCGAGCAACAAGGUCAAGAGGAGUUAAUACAGUUUCUAAUUUUGUCCGGAGUGCUGUUAUGGGUGAUAUACGAUUAAUGGCUUGUCUUGUCUGAAAGAAGAAAACAAAGACGUACCAAGCACAGGGCAAUGU